AUGGCGUCAGAAGAAGAAGCAGCCGAACUGUUCAGUUGCGGCAUCUGCGAAGACCUCAUGGUCGUGCCAACAACGCUGGUUUGUUGCGGCCGAUCCUUCUGCAAGGAAUGUGUCCGUCUCUGGAUAAAAACAAACGCCCAAUCUGGCGGCAUUCCUCGAUGUCCAGGUGGUUGCAUGCAAAAGGUGCCAUAUCGUCUUCCGAAGCAUUCCAUAGCAUUACGCGUUGCGAUGGAGACCUUGGUGCCUGAACGACUAGCUGCGAGACUAAAGGAAGCUGCUGAAGACGAUCAAGAGCUGGACCAGCUGGGUGGCUUUCAGGCCUGGAACGAGAUUGCCGCAAGCCGUGACAUACUGUACGGCAGCAACGUGAUCGUACGGCAGGGCUCCCCUGGAAUAGUUGUGGGCAGUUGUGAUGAUGGCGUCCAUUUGACAGUCAAGUUUGAUGAGCGUGAAGAUGGGUCCGACCUUUGUGUCAACGUGGUCCCAGAAGCCUUGAUGCUGCCUCUGCCGGGCGGUUUCCGUUUGCGGCAGCAAGUGGUAGCGUUGUACGAGCUGUUGUUGAAUUCAGACAUGAAGGUGCCCCUGGGAUCCGUUGGGCACGUCAUUGGAUCCUUGGGAGAAGACCGAGUUACUGUGCUCUUUGAGUCCCUGUCAAAGCCGUCAACAGCUGGACAAAGUGAACACCAGCAAAAUAUGCCAGAAUAUCCUGUCAGUGUCAACAUUCGGGAGGUCGCAGCAAAGAGACCUUUGGUCGGUGGCUUCAGCAUCGCCCAGAGGGUACAAGCAUCUAUGUCACUUGUAGUUGGCAGCAGAGUAGUCGUCCACGCUGGUUGCCGCGGUACAGUUCUGGCAGAAUUCAGCGACACGAGGCUGACAGUGGUUUUUGAGACGUCCGAAACAGGCGCACCAAAUUGCUGCAACGUGCUGCCUCUUGAGAUUCUGCCGUGGUGUCAGACGCAACCGGAGUUGCAAGCCGGCACCACAGUGCGUGCAGUGCAUCACCUCAUGAGCCCUCACGCCAUCAUCGUGCCUGCUGGUGCCCGCGGCACCGUCUUGGGCGGCGUUGACUCUUCCAUCGUAUUCGUUUCGUUUGACAAUGGCCCUGCCAUGGCUGCUGCAAUCAGCUCGUUGGAGCCGGUACCGGGCGCAGCGGAGCCUGCAGAGUCUCGAUGUCCAGAGGACACAGCAGUACCUGACCAGCCAUCCCCUUUGUCUUCAGUUACAGAUGAGGACGUGGCCGAGGAGCCAAACUCUCCUGAGAUGGGAAUCGCAUGCGUGUCGAUGCCUCUGGAGUCCUCCAGCGUAAGAGCAGAGAAUGUGGACUGA